CGUUCUCCAAGUUGUCCGUGUGUCAUAUUUCAUCCACUUUUGUAUGAUUGAGAUUCGAUAGAAACUGAUUACAAAAUAAAGCGUUUGCCCUCAUACAACUGCGGCAAAUGCCAUCGGUUAGAGAGGCAGUUGUUAUGGCACGUCGGUAGUGUCAUUGUCUGGUGCAAUUGCAUGAACAACGAAUAAGAAGAUGAAGAUUUUUCAUUAGGUCCUUGUUCGUUCGAUUUCUAGUUUGUGUGUGGUAUUUUCCAUAUCAAGUAAAGGCUUCGUAACGCCAACGAAAACGAUAGCAGUAUAAGUAUUCGCCGGUCAAUGUUGUAUUUAUCCUUUGUCCUCCUCCUCUGCUUGAACGAUAUAUAACGAACCAACGCCAAAGUAGAAAAAAAAGAUGUCUUUAUUUUCUUCCAAGAACUGAAUUUGACUUUGAGUACAAUACUUCAUUCUGCGCAUGUUUGAAGCCCGAUCCUCUUCUUAAAGAAAAAUGAUGCCCCCUCUGAUAUUCCUGAGUUCACCUUUAUUUCCUCCAGAAACGACAAGCAAGAGCCGGAUAUAGGACGCCCGGACCUGGGGAGAUGGUCUGUGACAGACGAUAGCACAACAGUUUGAUCUUUUUCUCCGAAAACAUCCCAGAAUACGGCAUGCUUUCUUGUCUGCGAUUCCGAGAACAAGACUACCAAUUCGAGCUGCGGGGGGCCGAAGGGUUAGCAACACGUCCAGCAGUGAAAAUAAGAUGCGCAACAUGUCGCAAGCAGCGGAUCUGCUUCGAGCACUGUGUCGAUGUAGAGGGCUCCCUGCGCACGGGUGUUCUAAUGUCAGAAGGCGCUACUGCCUUGACGUGCGCAGAUUUUCGUGGUGUCAGUUGUGCCACACCUGAGGACGACGAGGAAGUGGAAAAACUAGGAGGCCGUAGUUUCGUUCCGCUCUGGCAACCGCUGCCGGACCCGGAGCCUGAAAUGGAUCUGCAGGAGAGCGCCAACCCGGAGAAGCACAGUCGCAUUUUCAACAAAUUGCAAUGGGAAGGCCUGGACCUAGCGGAUCCGCAUGGCCAAGAGUCGCACUUCAGCACGUUUUUCGAGAAUCAGCGGCCGCGCCUCGUUGGGUAUGGCGAAGAAGUGUGGAAGAAAAUGCAGAGCUACCUCGGCCGCUUAGACGAGUGGGGCAAGAGGCGCAUAUCGGUUCGCAAGCAGCUGGCGUCGGAGAGUUUAAAGAAGGGCCACGAUUGGACGAGCAUCGGAUGGACCCACCAGUUCGUCAGGGAACAGCUUAACCUCCAGGAAUACGAUGCGAGCGUGAUCCUCUUCUCUUUCGACCGUAAGCGGUUGUGGUUCCACGCGAAAGCGGCCUUCUUGCCUCUGCAGGACCUCGCGCCCUCCCUGGACGGAGGCACUGAGCUGGCGCAGAAAGCUCAACAGGCGAAGAACUCGGCGGACGCCUACGCGCAGAGGCCCUUCGGCAAGGCGGAGAACUUCCAGGGAUUCUCGCACGUCCGGCAAGGCGACCGGGGUCACAAAACAGCGGAGGGCCCCAUGAUGAUGUUCGGCACCCAAACGGCCUGCGGCUUCGCUCUGUCCUCAGGAAAGGACGCCGCCGGCAUGCGCAGCAAAGUUGGGGAGAUUCGUCGCUACAAAGCCAGUACCGAUUGGACAUGUGUCAGAUCGUCGGGAGUGUGCUCAUUCAUUUCCCUGAAGCGUAAAUUUCUUCCUUGCGUUUCAACUUCUUGAGGCCGCAGGGUCCUCAGAAGUUGAAGCUACGCGAAGCUGCACUACGAGCAUGUCGUCGCCUUCAUCUACAACUAGAUGGGCGACGUAUGAAAGUUAUUCUGGGGCCAGUAGUCAAAUCUAAUAUUGAUAUUUGCAGUUUUUAUGCACCAUAAAUUGAUUUUGAUUCCUCGUGCAAAGCGCAAGCAAGCCUCUCAGAAACUUGUUUGCGCUUCGUCUUUAGGUGUCGCGUGCGCGCUUCUCCGGGACCUGACGCAUUUCAAUUGGAUUCGCAACCGACGUCGCGCUAUUGCCGAAGAGCAGUUUGCAGAGGCGCACGCUCGCAGCCUCACCCAGCUGGAAGAAAUCUUGGUCCCCAAGGGCGCCGUGACCCGCACGAAGAUAAUGGAGACGCUCGACCUUACGGGAAAAGCCACUCUGGUUCCGAACGAGGUAGGCGAUGAAAGUAAUCGAAUCGAAGAGCGGCCCGGCAGUCGUCAUAGAUCAUUCAACGGCACCCACAACAUUACCAAAACCCAUGGGUAUGCGGUAAUGGUCCACUCUGACAGUAGUGCGGAUGGGACGCUGGAGACCAUUCUAUUCUACCGGCCGAAGCACAGCGGCCCGGGGCUGAAGAAGUUCCGGGACGACUUUCUGCCCGGGCAUUCCUGGAUGUUUGUCGCGGGCGCGGUCUUCAAUAUGCCGCGAGAAAGGGGCGACGGCUGUCUGAUCUGGGUCGCCAGCUGCAACCCGGACCCGCUCUACCACGGGACACUCCCGACCUUCACAAAGGACGCGGCCGAGAAGCGGCACCGGAUGCACGACGGAAUGGGCAGCGCAUUGCUGUGCCAGCGGGAAGUGUUGAUGGCGCUCGCGGCCGAAAGCAGCGAAGCAGCGACCGAAGUCGGCGUCGUAGCCAAGGAGUACCAGCGCGAACUGAAGGCGAAGACGGGGAACAACAUGAAGCCGAAGGGCGUCAGUGCAAUUGCCCCGCACUGCUCUUCCUGCUUAACGUUGUGCUGUGGGACCUGUGAGGCAAGUGAUGUGAUGCGAGAAAGCAUCCUCGCACGGGAGAGGGAAAGAAAGGAAAGAAAGGUUCGCGAAAAGCAAGAGGCCCUCGACAAGGAGGAGCAGCAAAAACGGCAAGUAGACGGCGUCCGGGCUGUACGCGCUCCACCUGUUCCUCCUGCAAGCAGCAGCGGGAAGGUCGUUGCCGGCGCGGCACGACAGCCACAUAAUCGGUCGUCGUUUGAUAAUAUCACAAGUAGUAGUAGUAGUGCGGUCUCCGCAGCUCAACAGCUCGGUGUGCAGUAUGAGCGUGCACGCUGGGACGAUCACCUGCCAGCAGCAGCACCAUACCAAGCAGCGGACGUUUUUUCGGAGCAUCCGCACGGCAGCGCUUCCAGUCGACCUGCCGCUGCAAUCCCAGUCGACCAGGGAAUGACCGAGGACGAGCAGCUGCAGCUUGAGCAGGCUCUCAAACUGUCGCUGGAGGAGACGAAUCGAGCCAGCAAUCAUCCGGAGCAACGUCAGCAGCCAGCUGUGGAUGAUUACGAUGCCGACCUUCAAAGAGCUCUGGAGGAGAGUCGAAAGAUAGCGGAACAGACUGAGGCAGCGCGACGUUGGGAGAUGAAGCAGCAGGAGAGAACAGCUGCAGAAUGCGCUGAACAGGAACAGCCCCGAAGGCAAGACGAAAGAGACACCAGACUGCGUGCGAAACCGCGUCAAAUUUUGCUCACGUCGGACGAGGACGAUUACGACGGCGAGAGCGAUGAUUCUUGGGAGUUUGCGGACAUUCACGAUCGCGGUGACGAACGUUUUGAAGAAGAUGAAAAUGACGGGCCGCGGCGGUGGGGGCAAGAAGAUGCUUUUGAGGAUUUUUACCACGGCGUGUCGGGCGAUCAUAAUCAAUUUUUGCAACAUGGUCCAGAACCAGAUCGCGCGGCUGACUUCGGUUGCGGUCCCGCCCUCGAUACGAGUGACCGCGCGAAAUCCUCUUCAUCGUCCUCGUCAUCGAACAGAAACGCCACUGCUUAUCCAGUUCCCAGCUUUUCGAACGGCAUACUAUCGCACUCUAGCAGCUCCAGCAGUAGCAGUUCGUUUACGGCCGCGCCGAAUCCGACCGGAACAACUCGCAAUCACCACCCACUCAGCGCAGUUGCUGGUCAGCAUCAUUUCGUCACCGGUCGUGAUGUCCCGUCGUGGCAACAGCGACAGAAUGCAUAUGCCCAAACACAAACUGGCAACACCAGCACGGGUUUUCAAAAUCAGCAUUUGAGCAUCGCAGCAGGAUCAUCCGCGAGCGUCGAUCGAAACGCGAGGCAUGCUGUGUACGAUCGCCGUGAGUUGCAUCAUGGACACGUCAACGAGAGCACGAGUAGAGCUGCGAGUAGCAGCAGCAGUGUUCUCCGCUCAGGUGUUUCCUCGGCAUCUCAUGGCCAGCAUCCGCACCAGGCGCCAUCUGCCCAGCAGUCCGCGUCCUACUUCAACAACCCGGUCCACCGGAGUCCGCGGCCUCUGACACCACGACGGCGCGCAAAUGAAGAGAACCGGCUGUAUCACGAGAGUGAAUUAGAAGACGAAGCACCCAAUGCAAAGCGUCAGAAAGGUCUUCCAAGUGCAGAACUUAACGAGCACGACAUGCACCCUCAAACUGAAGAGGAAUAUGAGGAGACGCUUCGCCGUGUGCUCGCGGAAUCCACGGAGCUACAGUACCGGGGUGGCUUUACAUAGCUGAGCUGAAACUACAGAACGAAGCAGAUGGCGUGGUAGUUUAUUUUAUGUGGAUGUGGAUGCACGUAGACGUACAACUAGAACUACUGUCACUGUGACCGCGAGAUCGAUAGGAAGAAAAGGAAAAAAGUAUGCCUCGCUCUGUCCAUCCUCUAUCACCAUAUCGGUCGGUACGCAAUUCCGAAACAGUCACCAGAUUGACUUCAAAUAUUCCGAUGACGACUCUGAUGAAGAUUUGUUGCGAACCUCAAGAAUGUAAAAAAAAUAUAUGCGACAGCACGGCGACUGAACAAUUAAGAUUCCGAGCGAAUAAGAAUAAUUGAAAUUGAAACAGCAGCCUGGCUCUGGCGUUGUAGCAAAAGCGAGCUGAG